UUUUAGCAUCGUCAAGCUACAAACUUUCUUCUUCACUUCUCUGGUCUGAGACGAAAACGGGAAGCGCAGCAGCAUGAGUCGGUCGGGUCAGCCUCCGGAUCUAAAAAAGUACAUGGACAAGAAACUCCAAAUUAAGAUGAAUGCCAAUCGCAUGGUAGUCGGGACUCUUCGUGGGUUUGAUCAGUUCAUGAAUUUGGUCAUUGAUAACACUGUGGAGGUUAACGGCAAUGAAAAGAAUGAUAUUGGCAUGGUGGUUAUUCGGGGAAACAGCGUUGUUACUAUUGAAGCAUUGGAGCCCGUUGCCAGAUCGUAGCGCUAGUAGCUGCUGAUGCAGUCAUCACCUUGUUAAUUUCAUCUAUGUACCAAUGCCUGCUGCUUUGUGGAAGCAUUAUAGGUCUACUAGUACUUUUUGUUAGGUUUCCAAAGUAUUGAAGCAGAACAAGUUAUCAUAUGACUGAGCUGAAUUUGAUUGCUAUUAUGUACUUUGGUGGCAAUGGAUUUUAAUUUUUAGUUUAUCUAG